AUGAUGAUGGCAAUGCGGCUCGCGCUCGCCGCGGCAUUAACACAUGCGACGGCGCUCAACGCGAGCCUGCCGCAGUUCGACAACACGUGCUGGGACGACGAUCCAUUGACGCCCUGUCCCACGCCGAAGGCGGCGAACGACCGCUACGCGAGUCUCGCGAUGCCGGGCGGCCACCAACCCCCUGCAUCGAUCUUCGACCCGGCCUGUGCGGAAUCCGAGCGGAAGUACGAUCGAGCGUUGCAGCUGCGGUCGAACGCUUCGAGAUGCUUCGAGGCGCUGCGGAAGCGCAAAGCAAUAGAUGAUGCCGAAGCGCGUCAAAUCACAUGCGACAAGACGGCCUUUCUAGCACACACGUGGUGGGACGGUCCUAUGGUGCGGGUCGUGGCUUUAUUCUUGCGGAGUUUUCGGGCGACCCAGAACCCGACCUGCGCGAAAUUGGUGGUCUGGACCCCUACUCAGGGUUCGGAAAGAGCCAACGAGAGAGGUAGGGCAUUAGUAGAAGAAGUAGAGAAGAUGGACGGCGCGCCCGUCGUCUUCCAGGUCCUACAAACCAAAGAGUUAGCCCACGGCACGCCCUUUGAAGAUUAUGUCAAUAGAGCCAUUUUGCCCCACGACUGGUCGACCGAUAGACCGGGGGACAAAAAAGAAGGCACCAGACACUUCAGUGACUUCUUCCAGUUGUUCAUCUUGUACUUGUACGGCGGGGUUUAUUUCGACGCGGACCAAGUGCUGCUGAGGGACAUGUGGCCGCUGUACGGCAUGCAUUUUGUUUAUCAAUGGUCUUUUGAUCAAUCUAAGUUCAACAACGCGGUCCAAGGGUUGAGGAAGCGGCACGGCAUGAAGAUUGUGCAACACGGGGGCAAGUUGCAAGGCAAAGGGUGCUGCAAGGGCUGGGGCAACGCGAUCUGGUCCGCGAAGAUCAUGCGUAUGAGCGGGACGGCGACGUAUGCGCUACCUUGUUCUUCUUGGGACCCCUUCUGGCUGAGGAUGGAUGGACAUCAUACCGGAGAAAUGACAAGACCCUCCAUAAAGUGGCCCGAGCCCCCGAACAGAAACUGGCUGUUCCAGUCGAUGCAUGCGCAGUACGGCGACUGGUACGAGGGAGCUUUCGGCAUCCACUGGCACGGCGGCGCCGGCGGGCCGCAUGGCGGCGGCGACGCGCAAAGCAUCUGGGAGCCUCAUGUGAAACCUGGAAGCUACUUCGACUACUGGGAGAAGCUGUACGCGAAGCCCGUGGGGGCUCCGGCGGCGCCGGCGGCGGCCGUGCGGGCGCGGCGUCGAAUGUGAGCGUCGGCCGCCGCGCCAUCGACGCGAGGUGCCUUCCCGCGUCCGUAUCCGCGCGCGACACGGGGACCCAUCGGGAAGAUAGGGACAAGGUCGCGCUCGUCUCGCUCGCCACGUCGGUCCACGAGGGGUCGUCCGCGCCGCGCCGCGACCCGGCCGCGCCCUCGCAGGCCCCGACACGAGCGCCGGACCUGACGAUCGUCUCCGCGGCGAACGACCGAUACAGAGCAAGGGAUUUGGCGGUGCUCGUGCAGAUGCGGGAACGCGCGACGAAGGAGGGCCUGAACGUCCGGAUCGUAUCAUACAAUCUCGGUGGCGAGAGUAAAUGUGGAGACGGGUCCCUUCCCAGUAUUUGGGCGAGGUUCGGGAUCGAGUAUCGCGAGUUCAAUUUUGACAGAUAUCCUAGUCAUGUCGCGAACUUACAUUGCUACGCCUGGAAGCCGCCCAUCAUCGAUGAGGUGCUCCAGGAGAGUUCUGAGAACACCGUGGUGAUGUGGGUUGACAGCGGUGCGACCGUCGUGAUGAGUCUGACAAAAAUUAUUGCACUGACGAAAAAGAAUGGGGGCUUUUUGAGUGACGAGACGGCCAAGGGUUUGGCGCGCUUUAGUCAUGAGAAGCAGCUGGACUAUGGCGUCGCGAGGUGGGGCCUCUCCGACGCUUUCGCGGCGAAGGUCAAGGAACUUAGGGAACAGGGCGAAGGUUAUUUAGAUAACAACGACCGCCUCGGCGAGCCGUUCUCGAAAUUCCGGAACUGCAAUGGUGCGUUCAGCGCCCACAUGAAAGGGUCAAGGCGAUAUGACUCAAUAACGAAGCCCUGGGUCGCCUGUUCGCUCGAUCGGGCCUGCGUCUGCCCCCAAGGCUCACAUAGGGGCAACGCGCGCCAGGACCAGUCGGCGCUGACGUUGUUGGCCGUGCGAGACGACUACGUGUGCGGCUCGGACGGCAAGACCGUCGCGGCGCACGGCCUGCGCGACGUCCGCGGCGUGCUCAACGCGAAUGGUGUUCAAUGGACGGCGCGGAAGGAGAGUCAGCUGUUCUGUCCCAGUCCCGAGUAGGUUAUUCUUGUAUUCU